UAAUUUAGGAUAAAAUAGAAUUUUAUUUUUAUUUUUAACCUAAACAAAUGGAUUCUUUAGUUUUACUUGAGAAUUCCUUUGGUUAUUUAGGAAGUUUGAAUAACUGUGAUUCUGAACUCCAUUCAUCUCUUGAUAAACUAUUUAAAAACCUCAUUAACUUGAAAAAUAAGUAUAAAAUUAAUUUUGACUUGGAAUCCUUUACUAGAAUUUUACCAGAUGAUCCAAAAGUUUUAAAUCUGGAUACUGAUUUUAGCGGCUUUUCUGAAUCCGGUUCUAACACCAAGAAAACAAUAAAGAAACUCUUAAAUUUCUCACUGCUACACUUGAUUAAAACCCUUCGGGAUGAAAAACACCUGGAUAUAUGCUUGGAUAUCCUGGUUGAUUUACUAGAUUCUGAAUAUCAUUUGGCAGUAGAGGUCAAAGGAAUUAAGAUUCUUGAGUUUUUGGACCUAUUUUUGCUAAUUUUAUUCCUUGGAAACACUUAUAAUCUGGGAAUAACUCAGCAUUUCUUACUAAACAGCAAGUAUGUAACAUAUUUACCAUACCACUUAUUAAACACUCUAAAAAAUUCUGAAAGGUCAAAACUUUUAAACAAAUACCUUAAUGGUAACCAUUCCUUUGAUUCUAGUUUGUUUAACGAGAGGUUUUUGAUAUUCCUUUCUAAGCUUAAUACUCCUGAUAAGCUUUCUGGCAGUACUGAUAAACAGGAUAAAAUUCUCAAAAUUCCAAAGAAAGAGUUGGCUCUUAAGACCUUUGAUUCUGCUUUUCAUAAUUCUACUCAAAAUAACCACGAUUCCUUGGAUACUGACUCUGAUUUAACUGAUGAUGAUGCUGAAGCUGAAGAUACGUCUGAUGACGGCGUGGAUUACGAACUAUAUGGAAAUAACUAUGUAAAAUUAUGGGAACAUAUACUAAACGACUUUAUUCGCUCAGUGGAUAACAAAAGUUUGGUUAUAAUUUUGGAAUGCUUACCAAAAUUUGCCUUCCCUUAUAUAAACAACCCGCUCCGUGUGGCAAAUUUCUUGUACAAUAAUUUGAAUAACAACAAUGAGGACAUUGUUAUUAAUUCUUUAAAUUGCUUGUUUGAACUUAUACUGUACUAUAAUCUAACAGAUCAGCUUAUUCAAAUUUCACCUACACCUCAUAACAUUACUGAUGGUAACAGUUUGAACUUGGAUUCAGUCACAUCUCUUAGUAAAUCUUCCAAUGAAGAAUUUGAUUGGUUUUACAAUAAAUUAUAUGAGUUAAUUGAUUUCAAAUAUCUCUCAACCAGUUCAAGCACUGUUCUUAUACUAUUGAUUGAGAAGGCGUUAAACAGUUCCAUGCUACCCAACACUUUAGUAUCAUUUUUUAUUAAGAAGUUACUAAAAACAUCAACGGUUCUGGAAACUAAUAAGUGCAAUUGCCUUGUAAUCAUUUCUCUUAACAUGUUACAGAAGCAUCGACACAACCUACUGUACAUGAUUCAUUCUCCUGAAACUACCUUACCUGCACCACCCAAACCUGUUGGUCCUAACACCACCAUUAAUACAAGUAGUGUUGAUAAUAAAGAUUCAAAAGAUGAUUCCACCGAGAAUUUAACCAACAAAGACAACGUGAAUAGUACUAAUUUGGAACAAAAUAAUGCUAAAGAGUUAUUUUUGCACGAAUUGUAUCUGUUGCUACGUCACUUCAACAAUGACACUGCCAAAAUUGUCGGAGUAUUUUUCACAGAUUUAAGUUCUAAAAUAGGUUUAAACAUUAAGGAUUUCAUACAUUCACCUUCAAAUAAAGUUUUCAAGGGUAAAAACACAUGUAAUAAACCGUUUAGAACCGUUUUACAGAACACAACGAAACUAACCAGUGAAUUUUUAAACUGAUAACUCAUCUUUUUAAAUUCAUUAAACGUCAUGUACACAAAUUUAAUGUAAAGAC